CUCAGGCCAUGGCUCUCCGGAGAGGAAGAGAAGAAAGAUUGGCUUUCUUGGUGUGUCCCAACGGGAUCGAUGUGAAGCUGCAUCAUCUGAGGUUACAGUUAAACCUCGGAGGAAGAGAACGUUGGAUGAUUUGACAGAUGCUCCACGUGGAAGCAGCUCAGGCAGCUGUUGGAAGAGAAAGAAGAAAAAAUCAGGCUAGGACAGGAAGCAGCUGCGCCCAGUGUGGAGGGCUGAAAGGACCAGAACUUCAUGAAGAGGAUGUAGAAGAUGGUAUCAGUAUUGCAGGUUUACAACCUGCACAGGUGGUAAAACACACUCACACACACAAAAAAAUGCCCAGUGUAGUUUAGAGAAUAUAUAGAUGCCUGCAUUCAGAAACACACAUUCAUUGGGAUGAAUCUUGUUUUAAAUUGAUUAAUACUAUUGAUAACUUGCUGUUUCUGUCUAUUUGUUUAGAUUCUCCCAAAGAGGCUCAAAACGUGGCUUCAACUAACACAAAGGAAGACAGGCCUCAGAGGAAAACGACCAGAGAAACAUUUACAAGAAGCAGCAGUCCAGAGACCAGUUCCUCACCAAGAAAGAGGAUGAGAAUGAUGAUGCCUGAGGAUUCCCAAACAUCAGGCUCUGAGGUGAAAAUCAAACCUCAGAAGAAAAGAAAAAGGGACUCUGCAGAGACCCAGUUUGAAAACAGCCUGGAAAGAUUAAUGCCAAAGAAGAAGAAAAUGAAGCUGGACAAAGAUUUAGUCAAAGCUAAAACAGAUUCUCCCAAAGAGGCUCAAAACGUGGCUUCAACUAACACAAAGGAAGACAGGCCUCAGAGGAAAAGGACCAGAGAAACAUUUACAGGAAGCAGCAGUCCAGAGACCAGUUCCUCACCAAGAAAGAGGAUGAGAAUGAUGAUGCCUGAGGAUUCCCAAACAUCCGGCUCUGAGGUGAAAAUCAAACCUCAGAAGAAAAGAAAAAGGGACUCUGCAGAGACCCAGUUUGAAAACAGGAGUCCAGACACCAGCUCUCCGGAGAGGAAAAAAAGGAAAAAGGGUCUUCUUCAGGCAUCUCAGCAGGAUCCAUGUGAAGCUGCAUCCUCUGAGGUUACACUUAAACCUCGGAGGAAGAGAACAUUGGGAACUUUUACAGUUCCACAGUUUGAAAGCAGCUCAGGCCAUGGCUCUCCGGAGAGGAAGAGAAGAAAGAUUGGCUUUCUUGGUGUGUCCCAACGGGAUCGAUGUGAAGCUGCAUCAUCUGAGGUUACAGUUAAACCUCGGACGAAGAGAACGUUGGAUGAUUUGACAGAUGCUCCACGUGGAAGCAGCUCAGGCAGCUGUUGGAAGAGAAAGAAGAAAAAAUCAGGCUAGGACAGGAAGCAGCUGCGCCCAGUGUGGAGGGCUGAAAGGACCAGAACUUCAUGAAGAGGAUGUAGAAGAUGGUAUCAGUAUUGCAGGUUUACAACCUGCACAGGUGGUAAAACACACUCACACACACAAAAAAAUGCCCAGUGUAGUUUAGAGAAUAUAUAGAUGCCUGCAUUCAGAAACACACAUUCAUUGGGAUGAAUCUUGUUUUAAAUUGAUUAAUACUAUUGAUAACUUGCUGUUUCUGUCUAUUUGUUUAGAUUCUCCCAAAGAGGCUCAAAACGUGGCUUCAACUAACACAAAGGAAGACAGGCCUCAGAGGAAAACGACCAGAGAAACAUUUACAAGAAGCAGCAGUCCAGAGACCAGUUCCUCACCAAGAAAGAGGAUGAGAAUGAUGAUGCCUGAGGAUUCCCAAACAUCAGGCUCUGAGGUGAAAAUCAAACCUCAGAAGAAAAGAAAAAGGGACUCUGCAGAGACCCAGUUUGAAAACAGCCUGGAAAGAUUAAUGCCAAAGAAGAAGAAAAUGAAGCUGGACAAAGAUUUAGUCAAAGCUAAAACAGAUUCUCCCAAAGAGGCUCAAAACGUGGCUUCAACUAACACAAAAGAAGACAGGCCUCAGAGGAAAAGGACCAGAGAAACAUUUACAGGAAGCAGCAGUCCAGAGACCAGUUCCUCACCAAGAAAGAGGAUGAGAAUGAUGAUGCCUGAGGAUUCCCAAACAUCUGGCUCUGAGGAGUCCAGACACCAGCUCUCCGGAGAG